AUGAGUAAAGCACCACAGCCUAUAACAGGACCCCCACCCACCCCCCACACUGCCCCCUCCCCUGGCCUUCCACAGGCCCCAUUCCCCCCUGGGCAGUCUGUAGUGUUUGCCACCCAACCGCCUCAACAAAUGAACCCAACACCACAACCCCGACAGUUUGCUCCCGGGCCCCGGCCUAUACAUCAACAGGGAAGCUUCAGGUCACUACAGCCCUACUACCCCAACAGGGCUAGCCUGCCUCCCAGCAGCGGGCCACGAGGUGUCCCACCGAGCAGUGGCCCACGGCCUGUGACUCCCACCCAUGUCUACCAGGCGGGCCCUGGCUCCCAAAUGAUGAUGAUCCCCCAGCAACAGUUGCCCUUCCCCAGCUCACCACAGGGACCUGCCUACAUCAUACCGGGACAGUACCGGUCACCAACCUAUGUUGCCACAGCGCAGCAGUACUCAGUCGCAGCAGGCACCCCAAGCUUCUACCCAAGCACGAGCCCUGCAGAGUAUGGUACUUACGCAGGGGCCUACUACCCUGCACAGCCACAGUUCACCCCCUCGGUGCAGGCGGGGCCCGUUAUCAUGAAUCCUCCACCUCAACAGCAGCCACCGCCUCAGCCCGCCCAGCACAUCCCCACCAAACGGGAGCGUAAACAGAUCAGAAUAAGAGACCCAAACCAAGGAGGUCGAGACAUUACAGAAGAGAUUAUGUCAGGGGGCCGUAGUGGCUCCACCCCAACCCCACCACAGACAGCCAUAUCAGGAUCAGAAAGUACGUCGGUGACCCAGGCAAACGGUGAGAGUGUCCCAGCUGCUGCUACACCGGCACUGGUUAGACCAGAUGACAGAAGGAAACCUACGCCUCCACCUCUGGCAAAGACCCCUGAACUUCCCAAAGGCGACUCCAUCCCCACAGAGGCUAACACCUCUGAUACGAACACUAAGACCCCUUUACCGCCUCUACUAUCAGAAGCUGAGAACACCCCUGAAAACACUAUUUCUACACUUGCACCGAACGUUCCCGUUCCAGAUGUGAUGGAUGCUCCUGCACCUCGCAGGGACCCUACACCCCCUCCCCAGUCCGCACCUGAGGUACCCGCCUAUCCUGCACCUUUUCCUGAUCUUGUCCUCACCUCCUCUGCACAGAACAAAACAGACAAGAAAGCCACAGAGGCAGAGGAGGAGGUGACAAAAGAGGAGGUGGCCGAGGAGGAGGAGGCUAAAGCCGAAAAGGAUGUGAUGUUUCUGGACACACCCCAAACUCCUCCUUCCUCCACUAAUGGUGUGACAGAGUUGGAACCAGAAAGGCUGUCAGUGGAGUUACCACCAAGUCACCUGGAGGACCCUCUGGAAUCCCCGAUUGCCCAGCCUGAGGAGCUCCGCCUACCCAACGGUCUCCCGCUCCCAGCUCCUCAAGACCCCGAGGCGCCUGCCGACAGCGCAGCUGAGCAUGACGACAGCCCUAUAGCUGAGCCUGACGUCAGCCAGCAGCCAAUCUCACACACAUCUGCAGCCAGCACUCAGGCAGCACCACAUGUAGAAGCCAUACCUCCACCUGUUGAACAUUCAACCCCUGCACCCACUGUUCAGGAAGCUGAACCACCUCAGGCGGCACCUAUCCAGCCGGAGGCUCACGAUCCAGUUCCUGCAGUCACCCUGGAUGUUAAGGAAGACACUCCAGUGCCCCAGUCUAACACCAAGGAAGAGACUCCAUCUCCUACAGAGAUGGAUUCAAUAGCUGACAGCACCCCAGAAGCAGUGCCCACUCCUCCUCCUACAGCAGAGGAGAGAGAGGACACGCCUCCUCCUCCACAGACAGUCACCCCAGCCCCCGUAGAAACUACUAUGCAAGCUGCUGUGUCUGUGCCAAAGAAAAAAAGGAAGAUGAAGGAUCUGAACAAGAAGGAGGCAGUGGGAGACCUCUUGGAUGCCUUUAAGGAAGCACAGAAAGUGGUUCCACCAGAGCCUGAGCCUGCCCCAGCACCAGAGCCCCAACCCCCUACUACUGCUGCUCCUCCUGCUCAAGAGGAGGCAGAUUUGACCUGGGAGGAUAAGGAGGACAAGCUGGAUGCUGAGAACAUUCAGCCAGAUCCCACCAACCCGACCGCCACCGACAAGAAGUAUCAGUACAAAGAGGAACAAUGGAAGCCAAUCAACACAGAAGAGAAGAAGAAAUAUGACCGAGAGUUUCUUCUGGGCUUCCAGUUCAUCUCAGCGAGUAUGAACAAGCCUUUGGGUCUGCCAGCUAUCAGUGAUGUUGUCCUGGACAAGGCUAAUAAGACUCCUCUGCGACAACUUGACCCCAGUCGCCUACCGGGGAUGAACUGCGGUCCUGACUUCACACCCUCCUUUGCCAACCUUGGUAGGCCCAGCAUGGGAGGAGGAGGCAGAGGACCACCUCCAGGUAUGGGGAUGGGGAUUGGCGGACCGCGCCGCUCUCAGCAAGUCCAGAGGAAAGAACCAAGGAAGAUCAUCACCAGCAUGUCACUCAAUGACGACGUGCAGCUGAACAAAGCAGAGAAGGCUUGGAAGUCUUCAGUGAAGAAAGUUACUCGCAGCCGCGGGGCAGAGGAGAUAGACGAGAGCGAUCCGGAGCACAUCAAGACCCAGGAGCUCUUUAAACGGGUGCGCAGCAUCCUCAACAAGUUGACCCCCCAAAAGUUUCAACAGUUAAUGAAACAAGUAACGGAACUGACUAUUGACACGGAAGAGAGGCUGAAAGGGGUCAUAGACCUCACCUUUGAAAAGGCCAUCUCCGAGCCAGACUUCUCGGUGGCCUAUGCCAACAUGUGCCGCUGCCUUAUGGGGCUAAGAGUUGAAAUUCCAGAUAAACCGGGAGCCACUGUGAAUUUUCGCAAGCUGCUACUAAAUCGAUGCCAGAAGGAGUUUGAGAAGGAUAAGGACGAUGAUGAGAUUUUUGAGAAGAAGCAGAAAGAGCUGGAAGCUGCUUCAGGGGAGGAGGAGAAGCAGCGGCUCAUUGAGGAGUUAGAAGAGGCUAAGGACAAGGCUAGGAGGCGGUCUCUAGGCAAUAUAAAGUUCAUCGGUGAGCUGUUUAAGCUUAAAAUGCUCACAGAGGUCAUCAUGCACGACUGCAUUGUCAAGCUGCUCAAAAACCAUGACGAGGAGUCUCUGGAGUGCCUCUGCAGACUGUUGUCCACCAUUGGCAAGGACCUCGACUUUGAGAAGGCCAAGCCUCGUAUGGACCAGUAUUUCAAUCAGAUGGAGAAAAUAAUAAAGGAGAGGAAGACCACCUCCAGGAUCCGGUUCAUGUUGCAGGACGUGCUGGACCUUCGACGGAAUAAUUGGGUGCCCCGGCGAGGCGACCAGGGUCCCAAAACCAUUGACCAGAUCCACAAAGAUGCUGAACUGGAGGAGCACAGGGAACAGAUGAAGGUGCAGCAAGCCCUUAUCUCUAAGAAGGAAUCAAGUGGAGGCUCAGGAGGCAGGAUGGGGGGAGGCCGUCGGGGCCCUCACUCCCCAGGCCGUCGGGGCCCUCACUCCCCAGGUCGUCGGGGCCCUCACUCCCCAGGCCGUCGAGGCCCUCACUCCCCAGGCCGUGGUGUUUCUCCCCAGGAUGAAGGCUGGAACACAGUGCCCAUCUCUAAGAACCGACCUAUUGACACCUCCCGCCUUAGUAAAAUCACUAAGACUCCUGUUCUUGACUUCAACAAUCAGCUGCUUGCCCCAGGAGGUAAAGGCACGUGGGGCAGCUGGGGUAAGGGCAGCAGCGGUGGCACCAGUGCCAAGCCUGCAGAUUCUGGCACAGACUCGGGUAGCCGACCAGCCACCAGCACGCUGAACAGGUUCUCAGCCUUGCAGCAACCUUCAUCCUCCUCAGGCUCUUCACUAGACACAGAUAAAAGAGUUCCUCAGAGAAACAGCUUGAGUCGAGAACGAAGUGAUCGUUUUGACCGCUCAGAUCGUGGCAGCGACCGCUUUGAGAGACGGGACGACCGUGAUCGAAACCAGCUGCAGGUCACUAAACGCAGCUUCAGUCGGGAGAAGGAGGAGCGGAGCCGGGAGAGAGAGCAGCGCAGCUCAGCUGAUCCUGUGCGCCGCGUGGCGAGCAUGACAGACGAGCGGGACCGAGGCAGCAGAGAGCGGGCCAGGAGCGGAGAGAAUGUGAAAAGGGAGACAGCUGCCACCCCUCCACCUCCACAGACCCCCACCACGCCUGCUUUGACUGAGGAGGAGUUGGAAAAGAAGUCCACUGCCAUCAUUGAGGAAUACCUCCAUAUCAACGACAUGAAGGAGGCUCUGCAGUGUGUGCAGGAGAUGAAUAGCACUCAGCUGCUGUUUGUGUUUGUACGAAACGGGCUGGAGUCAACACUGGAGCGCAGCACGAUCGCUAGGGAGCACAUGGGCCUGCUGCUGCACCAGCUCCUUAAGACUGGUAUCCUCCCAAAGGAGCAAUACUACAAAGGGCUUCAGGAAAUCUUGGAAGUGGCUGAAGACAUGGCAAUAGACAUCCCUCACAUCUGGCUUUACCUGGCAGAGCUGAUCACUCCCAUGCUACACGAGGGAGGCCUCCCCAUGGGAGAACUGUUCAGGGAGAUCUCGAAGCCUUUGAUCCCUCUGGGCAAAGCCGGAGUUCUGCUGGUCCACAUCCUGACUUUGCUCUGUAAAGAAAUGAGCCAUAAAAAGGCAGGUACAAUGUGGAGGGAGGCAGGCCUGCGGUGGAAAGACUUUCUCCCUGAAGACAUAGAUGUCAACAAGUUUGUGACAGAAAAGAAUGUGGAGUUCACACUGGGCGAUGAGUCUGAGAAGGACAGGAAGAAGGAGCUGAGUGCUACAGAGCUGACCAGACAGCUGGACAGACUGAUCCAGGACAAGGCCGACAACCAGAGGAUCUUUGACUGGAUUGAGGCCAACCUGGAUGAGCAGCAGACCUCCUCCAACAUGUUUGUCAGAGCACUGAUGACCUGCAUCUGCCAGUCAGCAAUCAUUUGUGAAACUCCCUACAGGGUGGACGGUGAGCAGAUCAAACAGAGGGCGAAGCUCCUGCAAAAAUACCUGAAGGACGAACAGAAGGAGCUGCAGGCUCUGUAUGCUCUGCAGGCCCUCAUGGUGCAGAUGGAGCAGCCUGCCAAUCUUCUGCGGAUGUUCUUUGACACACUCUACGACGAGGAUGUGAUCAAAGAGGAGGCCUUCUACAAGUGGGAGUCCAGCAAAGACCCUGCCGAACAGCAGGGGAAGGGCGUGGCCCUCAAGUCCGUCACUGCCUUCUUCACAUGGCUUCGCGAAGCCGAGGAUGAAUCGGACAACAGCUAG